UAACUAUCUGUAAAUGGAAAUUUUAAAUAUUCGUGCUUUCAAGGGCAUGUUUAUUUAAAAACGUGUAAUUAGAAAAUCGUAGUUACAACAUAAAAAAGUAAUGAAUGAAUUAUGUGCGAAAAUAAUCUUUUAAGUACAAUAAUUUCUAGAAAAAAAAUUGUUGAAAGUAACAAAAUAUGAAUUCCAUAAAAGUUUUAUAAUUUCGCGGUUUUAAAAAUCCUUUGUUUUGAUAGAUAAAAACAUGUUUAAUGAUAUCAAUGUACAUAUCAAAAAUAGAGUUAGGAGAUGUAACACCACAUAAUAUAAAACAGCUCAAACUUCUUAACCAAGUGGUGUUUCCAGUCUCGUACAAUGAAAAAUUUUAUAAAGAUGUGUUAGAAGCAGGAGAGCUAGCAAAGCUUGCAUAUUACAAUGAUAUAGUGGUUGGUGCAGUUUGUUGUCGAGUAGAUACCUCUGAAAAUUCUAGGCGUCUGUAUAUUAUGACAUUAGGAUGUCUCUAUCCUUAUAGAAGAUUAGGAAUAGGUACUGUAAUGGUACAACAUGUUUUAAAUUAUGUUUACAAAGAUGGAAACUUUGAUUCAAUCUUUCUUCAUGUUCAGAUAAGUAAUGAAGGGGCCAUUGACUUUUAUAAGAAAUUUGGUUUUGAAAUAGUAGAAACAAAGGAACAUUAUUACAAACGAAUAGAACCUGCAGAUGCUCAUGUAUUACAAAAAACUUUACGUCCUAAAACAAAUCAAACAAAUAAUCAACAAAGUAAUCAAUAAAAAUCGUUAAUCAUUAAUUUAUCACAUCUCAAAAACCUACAUGUUUUCAUAGUCUGGUAAUAAAAUUAUUUUUAUUGUA